UUUAAGUUUGGUUUCAAAUCCUGGGGUUAUAACAAUAUUAGUCAUGUUACGCAGGGCCGGGGAUGGGAGGGCGCAUUUGCUUUUUUGGAAGCCGCAGGUGGCUGCAUUCAUCUCUUAUCUUUCGUCUGCCCGUUCUCCGGCAUUACAACAAAUGUUACAAAUAGAAUUUCAUUAAUACUUUACAAUAACUGAUAAUGAUCAGUAAGUGGCUCUUUAGAAUUUAUCAAUUGCCAAAAUGAUACCAGACUGACAUAGCGAAGCCAUGCACUAGUUUAAAGAGGCUUCAAAACAGGUUGAAAAUUAGGCUAAAGAGUUGACUUCUGUGUUUAUUGUUCUGUUCGCUGGCUUAUUUGAACGACCGAUUGAAAUCAGCUAAGUCAAUUAUAUGCCAACAAUGGGCUUGUGAAGAAGACAAAAAGGUGAAUGCCGCAAAUACACAGGCUCCACGAUAAAUUUGUGCGUUUCUUAGCAAAACAAAAGUUCGUCAAAGUCACUCAAAGUUGCAUUGCAGUCAGCAGAUAGAAUUGAAAGCUCAGGCCGACCAUGAAUCAACACGGAUCGGAGAUUUACAAGUGCAAGUGAAACUGCAGCGUAAUCACAGUGAACAUCUUCAAGUCCUUUAUUUGACACGCCGCAAAAUUCUUACGAUGAUUACAGCAAUCGCCAUCUGUUUUCUAAUUCUACCAACGGUGUUUAUUGCAGUUAACGGCGGCACACUGUCUUCAGAGGCAAGGCUAGUUCAAGACUUGAUGCGAAAUUAUGUUAAGUAUUCGAAGCCUACGAUAAAUGCAUCAGGCACAGUGCAUUUGGUGUUUGGAGCAGAGUUGGUACAAAUUGUCUCAAUACAGAUGAUGCCAAACCAAGUAUUGAGCACCAAGCUAUGGGUGAGAAUGAAGUGGAAAAACGAGCUGCUUGCUUGGAACUCUUCAGCAUAUGAUGACGUCACUUCAAUUCGGCUGAAUGCUAUUGAUGUUUGGACGCCAGAUAUUCAACUCUAUCAAGAAUUUGAUCCAUCUCCAAGUAAUGAAAAGAACAAGGAUGGCCUGCUGUUUAAAACUCAGGUUAUGGUGCAAAAUGACGGAACAACAUUCUGGAAUUCCCCUGCAACAUUUACUACCUCUUGCGAACUCCACCUUGCUGACUUCCCCUACGACACACAAACUUGUGAUCUGAAGUUUGGUCCUUGGAAUAGCGAUGUAUCGCAUCUAAAUAUGACAACCGACAGCCUACCGUUAACUACAGACAAAUUCAUUGAAAGUAGCGAAUGGGAAUUGCUUUCAGUUGAAAAGAAGCGAAACUCAAUCAAGUAUGCCUGUUGGACCACGUACACGGACGUAACCAUUACGAUAAAAGUUCGCCGAAAACCCCUGUUUUAUUGGUUCAACUUCGUUGUUCCCUAUGCUUUGCUUUUAUUGGCAUUGUGGGUCGGCUACUUCGUUCCAGCACAAAGUGGAGAGCGGGUCUCUUUAUCCUUAGUUAUUCUUCUCGCAUUUUCGAUUUUUAUCCAAACAACAUCAGCUUUCCUUCCUCGAUCUUCAGAGCUUCCGUCGUUAAGCAUAUUGUAUUUUGUCGUAAUGAUCGAAGUGGCGUUUUCAGCACUAGUAACCUGCGUUAUCGUUACUGUUCACUAUACGUCUGAAUCAGGCGACAAAGCUCCCAUGCCAUUGUGGAUAGAGAAGUACUUACUUAUAAAUGGAGAGAAUUUUCUUCACAAGAUCAAGUUGCUUUCAAAAACCAAAACUUUGCGUACGUUUGAGGAAAGCUCCCAAAUGCAACCCUUUCCUCAUACGUUUGAAAAUAAUUUUAAGAGCCUUGAAAGAGAGACCGGUUACCGUAAAUCGAACUCAAGAAAAAACAGAAGCAAGCGGAUGGAGGAAGAUGAAAACAGGCCUAGCAGCUCUGUCACAGGUACCCCGACACUUUACAAAAAUUCAAAAGGUCUUAUGUGGCAGUUAUCAGUUGAACGGACCGGCGAAAAUCCAGAGGACAGUUCUUAUCUGGACCAUUUAGAGGUGUCGGGAGAGCAUAGUGGAUAUCCUUCGAGUUUACCCCAGCUUGACGGAAUACUAAAACAGUUGAGAAUAAUAACAAACAGAUGGCGCAGUGACAAUGUUUUCUGGGAAGCAGGUUUUCGAUGGUGCAGACUGGCAGUUGUGCUAGAUCGCCUCCUAUUUAUUGUUUUCAGCUUCUUCACUAUAUGUACUUUAAUUAGUUUCACUGUUAUAAGACCUGCAAUUGCAACAUCAUGAACUUUUUUGUCAAUAGAUAUUAUCUUACAUUUCUUAUACAUAUAAUUUAAAUUCAAUUAAAUUCUAAUACAUAUGAUUUAAAUUCAGUUAUAUUUGGUUAGCGAUAUCUAAUUUUGAUUGAAUCGAAUUUCUACCCAUAACUGAUAAUAUUUAUUGAUAAAACAGUUUAGUGAAUUUUUCAUUAUUUUGCUUCAAAAUGUAGUUUUCUGGACCAUAAUCAUUAUCAGAUUUCAUGAAAAGUUGAGCCUGUUAAUGUAUCAUUUUAAAUAAAGAUUUACUUUGCAAGUUCUUUCUUCUUUUAAUUUUGUUGCAAUUACUUCAUCUUGUGCCAAAGCAAGGUUAUUCAAGCUCAAACCAACUAAAAUUGAUAUAUUUCAACUCCAGUCGCUCUUUAUGCUUCCUUAUUACAAUCUAGAUAGACCACAGAAAACUAUGCAAAGAUUACUGGAGUGAAAAAUAUCGUUCGUUAUGACAAAUUCAUUGGCUGAUAAAAUGAUGUUUCCCUUUACACUGAAAUGUUGUAUGUAUCUAGGUAGCGGAAAAUUACCCAGAUAAGAGUAUAUGUAGGUAGGGAUAUUUUGAAAGCAAAAGGUAGG